AUGGCUUCAGCUGCUCCCGGCUCACCGUUCGACAAAUGGAUCGAGAGCGAGAAGGACCUGGCUCUCACAAAGAUACUGGAAAAUAUCGGGCCUGCUGCAGGAGCAAGUGACGGUCUGGUUGUCGCCAGUCCGAGCAAGGAGAACCCAGACUAUUUCUACACCUGGACUCGAGACUCUGCUCUGACGAUGUCUUCCCUUUUGCCCCUGAUGUUACCUUCUUCGUUUCUUCCUCCAUCCACCUAUCAUCCAAUGGCGAUUCGUAACACUCCCAGGGCAUCCCAGGGCUAUUCACAAUCUCCUAACAACAAGUCUCGUAAUUCCAGCAUACCGAACCUCCUCUUUGAGCCUUUUCUACGAGCCUACAUCAUGUCCCAACAGGAAAUUCAAAUGGUCAAUACGCCUUCUGGUAAUCUGAUCACUGGAGGUUUGAGUGAACCGAAAUACCGUGUAGACGGUACCGCUUUUGAAGGCCCAUGGGGACGGCCUCAGCGUGACGGUUCUGCACUUCGAGCUCUGUCCAUGAUACCAUACGCCAAUUUUCUCCACAGUCGUGGCAAUGAUCUAGACCGGCAGUGGCUCAUUCACCAUCUUUUCUAUCCCCAAACGGGUAUACAGAUGGGCAACACCAUCAAGAACGAUCUUGAAGAAGUCGCCAACGCGUGGUGGAGAUCAGGCUUUGAUCUAUGGGAAGAGGUAGAUGGACAUCAUCUCUUCACUCGGUUAGUAUCGCUCAGAGCACUUCAACUUGGAUCAAAGCUCGCGGGUGACUUGGGGGAUCAAGGUGCCAAAAAUUGGUACGCCGGUAUGGCGGACCGAAUCAAAGAACGUUUGAAGGAUUUUUGGAUGGAUGAUGAUGAGAUCGCUCACUCGACGGGAUACUGGUCAGCGACUAUCUUUCAUCCAUCCAUCAACUUUUCUUCCCCUGAGCAUAUCGAUUACAACCGAUCCUCGCGUGGUCUUGUCGCUCCACCGUCAAAUUACGAUCGUUCAGGUCUAGACUGUGCAUUUCCUCUAUGCGUCAUCCAUACUGGUACUGUGUACCCUUAUUCAUCCCUGGAUGAUAUCUCCUUCGAGCCCACUUUGCCGAGCGUACUGGGAACUCUGCACCGAUACAUCCUGACGUUUGAUGGCCUGUACAAGAUCAACGAGGGCAAGAAGUGGACAGAGGGCUGGGCAGUGGGACGGUACAAGGAAGAUAUCUACGAUGGAAUUGGUACUAGUCUCGCUCACCCAUGGUUCAUUUGCACAUUUUCUGUCGCGCAUGUCUUCUACCUCGCUUAUACUUCUUUCUCGCGACAAGGCGAAAUUACAUUGACGAACCAGACCAUCCCAUUUUGGUCUGACCUCCUGAGCCAUACCUCAGACACCGCCUUAUUGCAGGAGAAUGAACGUUGGUCAUCGAGCUCGUUGGCAUCGGCUGUCUCAAAACAUUCAUUCGAGACUGCCAUGGGGGCCCUUUUGGAUGUAGCGGAAGGCUAUAUGGGUGUUGGGAAGAAGUAUGCCGAGAAGGGAAGGAUGAGCGAACAGAUCAACAGAGAAAAUGGAGCAGCAGAAGGUGCCAGAGAUUUGACUUGGUCUUAUGCCGCUUUCAUCGAGGCUUCUCGUGCUCGACAAGAAGCACAAGCUAUUGCAAAGGCGGGCAAAGCGGUCCAGUGUGAAUGUGUAUACGAAGAAUAA